AUGGUGGACGAAGCUGCGAAGAAAGCGCGAGAGGAGUACCUGAAGAAGUAUCUCAGCAGCGAUGACAAAUCGGUAAAGAAAAAGAAGCCGAAAAAGCGGAAGAAAGAUGUUCGAAUGGGACUACAGAUCCAUGAAGAUGAUGCAUUCGUUGCGGUAGCUCCUUCUGCACAACAGAGUUCGUCAGAUGAUGACAGCGUCAAAAAAGAGGUUGUUUGUGUGCUGGAGAAGAAGAUGAAGGUGCAGGAAGUGCCGAGAUUCAGGCCUGCUACAUUUCACGCAGUUGAUAUCAAGCGUAAGCAUUUUCUUGUCUCUGAAAAUUGUUUUUCUGUUUAUUCCUAA